AUGAUUGCCUUGUUUCAGAUGGGAGACCAGCUUGUUGAAGAGUUUUGGAUUGCUGAAGGCUACGAGAAGCCGAAGGAGGCCGUCUUACCCACGAACGUCUCCCAGCGGCGAUUAUGGGAACUAAUGGAAUACCCGGAUAGUUCCCUUGCUGCUCGGAUCAUCGCCUUCAUCUCAAUCUUCGUCAUAAUAAUUUCGAUAGUGUCGUUUUGUUGGGAGACGGUUCCUUCUGGAGAUGUCCGCGAAGUCAGUUUAUCAUCGAAUAUGACAUCUUCGGAAAAGGAGGAGGGCAGGCCGCCUUGGAAUGCGUUCUUCUGGCUGGAACUCCUGUGUAUUGUCUGGUUUACUUUGGAGCUUGCACUUCGAUUUAUCAGUUGUCCAUCGAAGGUAACUUUCUUGAUGUCGUUCCUUAAUAUAAUCGACUUCGUGGCGAUCGCUCCAUUCUUCGUGAAUCUUAUCUGGUGGGCUUCUUCGUGCUAUUGCUGA